AUGGCAAGCGGCGCAAAGAGGAAGAAACAGCUCUUCAUUGGGUCAUCCAGUAACAUUCUUAACAAUGUAAGACGGGGAAAAUAUAAGUGUGUAGAUAAAAGAAAGGGAUAUCGCAUUUUUGGAAUUCCACGCAUGUACAAAUGGCUGACUUCAUACUACCCCACAGUAAGAGAAGAGUUAAUCACUAAUGAAGGGCAGAAGGCAGUCGAUAUUUUUUAUGUCGAUAUGAAUGGAGUGAUACAUCAUUGCACACAUGCGAACAAGGAGACACUACCUGUCCAUGAUGAACACGAAUUGCUGUCAAAUAUUUUGAAGUACUUGAAGAAUCUCUUUCAUUUAGUGAAACCCAGGAAGUUAGUUUAUGUUGGGGUCGAUGGGGUGUCCCCUAAGGCGAAGAUGAAUCAACAAAGGAAGAGACGCUUCCUUAGCUUGUUUAAGGUAACCGAUAAUUCUAACGGGGCUAAUUUGUUCAACCCUAAUUGUAUCACCACCGGCACAGAUUUCAUGUACAAGAUUAACCUCGCCCUGAACAAGUGGUUUCAGAUUUUGAAGAAGAAGGAGAUUUUCCCCUUCGACGUGAUUUUCUCCGGGUCGGAUGUGCCCGGGGAGGGAGAGCACAAAAUUUUGAAGUUCAUUCGGGAGAACUGCAAGCGCGAUGGCGCCUUCCGGAAUUACAGCCACUGCAUCUACGGACUGGACGCGGACCUCAUCAUGCUGUCCCUCGUCACGCACCUUAACAAUAUCUUCAUUUUGAGGGACAAGUUCAAAAUGACCAACGACUCGCACUCCACGCUGCUUGAGAAUUUCGAGAAGGCGCAGCGGGGGGUUAGCGACCCCAGGGAUGUGGAGGGCACCAAUGAGGGGGAAAACGCGGCGGAUACCACUCAGGCUGGAAAUGGGGAGCAUACCAAUGAGGGGCAAAAUGCGGAGGAGACCAUUCAGGGGGGAAACCCCUUCUGCAGAGUCCACCACUACACACAAGAAUACUACACCAACUGCGAACCACUCAACAGUUACGACUUCGAAAUACUAGAUGUGUACAAACUACGAAACUCGAUCCGAACCCAAAUAGCAACUUACAUAAAUAAAUUAAAAAAAGAAAAAAACGUUAUCUUCAAUAUCAGUCGAGUAGUGGACGACAUUGUCUUCUUAUCCUUCCUAGUAGGAAACGAUUUCCUCCCCCACAUACCAAACAUUGACAUUAAUGAAGGCUCCAUGAAUGAAAUUCUUAAUGCUUAUAUAUACUACAUAUACAGAUAUAACAAUUAUAUAACGCUUAAGGACAAGGUACACAUACAGAGGCUCAAGAUUAUCCUGAAGAUUUUAAGUGCGCAAGAAUUCUCGUAUUUUUUAAAAAGAGGAAAUGAGGAAAAUGUUCGUGAGUUCACUGAUGAGCGUAGGUACAAGAGUUAUUAUUAUUUGCACAAGUUCGGCGUGGAGGACCCCAAGCAGAUCCAGCACAUUGUGAACAAGUACAUCGAGGGCCUCUUUUGGAACCUGCAUUACUACCACUUCGGCUGCGCCAGUUGGUGUUGGGAGUACCCCUACCACUACGCGCCCUUGUGUAGCGAUUUGCUAUCAUUUGAGAAGUCCGAUUUUUUUUUCGAAAAGGGAAAGCCCUAUUCGGCCUACACACACCUCAUCAGCGUGCUGCCGCAGAAGGACAACAACCUCCUGCCAGAGGCAUACAAAAAUAUUUACUCCGAAGAAGAGGUGAAGUCCUUCUUCCCUGAGAACGUUCGAAUCGAUCCCAAUGGAAAAAAAGAAACGUGGGAGUACAUCGUGCACCUCCCCUUCAUAAACUGCAACACGAUAAACAAGAUAAUUACGGAGCGCAGUAAAAAGAUUUCCAAGCUCAAAUACAAGUUGAGGUAA